CCUCGCUAGUAGUAGUCAGUUACACCGCCGGAGUGGCGGCGGCGGGGAGGAUGAGGGGAAGCAGCGCCAUGGCGGGGAGAUGGAGGAGGCCGUCGCCGUCCUGCUUGCUCCUCCUUGCCGCCUUCCUCCUUCUGCUCGCCGGACCCGGAGCCUGGUCGGCGCGGAGCCGAAGCGCCGACAAACAGAACAGUCUCCGGCGGGCGGCGGGGAGCGUCUACCAAGGCGUCAGCGGCCUCUUCGGCGAGGAGAACGUGCGCGCCCUGCAGAAGUUCUUCUCCAGACUGACGGAGCGAUUUGUAACUGGCGUGGAUGUUCUUGUAGAUACAUUCGGGAGAAUAUGGGCAGAUCUUCUGGAUGUUCUUGGGAUUGAUGGUUCCAAUUUGGCCCAUUAUUUCAGCCCUGGAUCCCUUUCCAACAAUCCGACCCGUGCUCUUUUGCUGAUUGGUGCUGUCUUGCUUGCAUAUUGGUUUGUGUCUCUCCUCCUUGGGUUCUUCUUCUAUCUCUUACAUGUCCUGUGUGGCCGAUUCUUCUGGAUUGUCAGGGUCGCCCUCUUUGCACUUUCCUGUGUGUACAUCCUACAAAAGUAUGAAGGUGAGCCGGAACACGCAGUUCUCCCCCUGUGCUUUGUUGUGGCCGUCUAUUUCAUGACUGGGCCAGUUGGCUUCUACUGGAGGAGAAAUAGUCACAGCACCCUUGAGGAGAAGAUCGACCAUCUGGAUAGCCAAAUCAGACUCCUGAAUAUACGUCUUUCCAGAGUGAUUGAGAGCAUGGACAGAGGCAGUGACCAAUGAAACAAGAGAUUUAGUUCACCUCUGACACCAGCUCUUUGGGAAAUUGCUAAGCCCUCUCACUAGUUCAUGAAAAGUUAGCAAAGCAACAAGCCAACACUGGAGUAAGCAAUGUGCAAACAUUAACCUGUUAAAUGUUACAAGUAGUAAUUUUAUCUAGAUAACGUACCGAAAGGGAAGGAAAAAUGUUACACUUGUAAGAUAACAUUCUCUACCUGUAUAUUCAGAGAAUUUUUCCUCCAUGAGUAGAAUUUUAUCCAGUUACUUUUUUCCAGGCAUUUAAAACAUCUUUUGUAAGUUUAAAGAAAAAUGGUUUUUAUAAAGGCAUAUUGAGUAGUCUGUUUAAAAUUACUAAAAAUCCAAUUUAAGCUUUAGGUAGAUUUGACAUUUUAAAAGAAGGAAGAAAGUUUAAAGAGUUCUACCAAAUACUUCUGCUGUGUGGGAGGGUGUCAGCUGCGCAUUUUUAUUUUUACUUCAUUUUUGUGUUCACUGGUGACUUACUUUCAUUGCCUAAAGUUGCCUUUUCAUAGAAUUGAUAAAGUGUUUCUUAGCUAGAUGAGAAGAUUGUUCAGCAUGGCUGUUAAUGGUAGUGGAGGGCCUCCUUGGGACACUGCCCCCUGAAAAACCCCAAAGAAGUAUUGCUUGUGUGUGAGUUCUUUCAAUAGUAGUCAUACUUUUAAAAAAGCAUCCCUGACCAGAGUGCUUAUGAAGCAAUUUCUCUUGUUUGUCAUGUUUUCCUCCAUUCACUUCAGUGAAGAGGGUAGCCAGUAGCCCUUUAUAUACAGAAGGAAGGAUGCACUCCUUUUCCGUUGUAGUGAAAGAUGUGAGUGGAUUUGCCUUUUCAUUACGGCAGAACAGAUGUGCAUCCUUGUAUACAUUAAUGUGCAAGAUAGAUUUCUAGACUCUUUCUUGUAAAAGCCCUCUCACUGCAAAAACAUUGGAAAUCAAAAGUAUUAUAUGAUGAAAUGUCCACUCAAUUGUGGCAGAGUGUAAGCAGGCUCUGUUUAACAGCAGCAGAAUUAGCUAUAUGACAAUGCUGGAAAGAACAGUAGUGGAAGAUAAGUAGUUCAGGCUUCGCCUUUGCAAUAAAAUUUUUCUAAGCAGAAGUAACUUCAGUAUAAAUUAUGCAUUGUCGCAAAACAAAUUGAGAGAAAAACCCAACAACCUCAGGACCCCUAGCAGCUUCAUUUUAAAAAAGAAAGGCAACCGGUAAAAUAGCACUGCAAAAAUGUUGGCUGCCAAAGUCUUUCUCAGGACCAGUGAGUGGCAAUAAAUUCAGUAAAAUUGUAAAUUAAAGCUUCAGGACAAUUUGGUGCUUUUUUUGCUUGAUGUUGGUGGAGUUCUCUGGAGAGGACAGUUCCCAAGUCAGAAGAAAAGUUGGACUCAAGGGAUCAGAAGCAAUAGUUUGCCAGAAUGACAGGGUGAGGUUCAUACCACAAACUGUGCCCAUAGAAUAAUGGUGUGGAAUAGUUCUCUACAGAGAAAUGACUUCCUUGCGCCAGAACCAAAUCUCUCCCAACCCAGCCCUGUAGCACUUAAUUCUUUUUUAAAGUAAUAUUCAGUAUUACAUUUUCUCUUGGAGAAACUGGAAAAAAAGUAAGGAGCCCAAUCUGCAAGAGAACUGUGCCGGAUUUGUCCAGCUGAAUUGUUUUGGCUGGACGAAACUGGAAUUAAUGGAAUAGAAUGUGUUUUUUAACUCGCUGCUUACAUUGACACAGUUGGCCCCAUACAGACAAGCCAAAAUAAAGCUGCUUUGGGUCACUUUGGAGGUAUGCUGUUUAAGUGCUGCAUGUGUCCUAAG